CCCUUUUCCAUCCACCACUUUACUGGAUUGCGUUCAACUCACGCUACAGUCUACAGUAUUCAUGGAAUUAUUCUCUGUUCAAAUGUUCAAUGUUGAACAAGGACAAAUGACCUUACGCUCGUUGUGAUAAGUGGGAUGAGUUCUAUUGCCUGUACUAUUUUUUUAGUUCAUCAGCGAUGGUCAUUUGGUGAACGCAAGAUUUAAAGUUCUCAUAGUUUCAUCCUUGAUGUCAAUCGCCGCAUGUUAUGAAAAGACAGCUAUGCAAUAAGGAAUAAGAAAGACAACAGACGUUUGUACUUAUAAUUAAUGACAUUAUCCAUCUAUUUUACACAGUACACUCGUGUGUGCACUGAAACGUUCGUUCUCUCUUUCGCCAAGCUUCAAAUAUAUAUCUAUUUCAUUUUAAGUACAACAAGUGUACACUAGUUCAGUUACAAAGAACAGAAAGUGCUACUGAUCUUUCUUCUCUCCUACAAUAAACUUUUGUAGGUUAUCUUUUGGUGUUUUUAAUACUUUUGAAGGAAGACUGACUAGAGCACAUUCAGCAAAAAUUUUAAAAGAAAUCUAAAGAAAUAACUUAUAAUUAAAUUAAAUUAAAAUACACUUGUCGCUUGAAACAAUGCCGAUUCCUAUUGAAAAAUCAACCGUAACAACAGCAACGGACAAUAAAAAAAACUGUGAAUCUUUUCAACUACAAAAGACAAGUAAGCCUUGUGCUCGCCAAGCUUUAGAUGCUAUUCCUAUUACUGCCAAAGCAAUAAAAAUAAAAAAUGUACAAAAUCCAUGUAUCAUGAGAGUUUACGAAAUUGAAAAUCAUACUGAGACACUUCGUAAAAUAGAAAAAAAAUUAUUAAAUUUUAUGCAAACAGACGAUUUUCUGAAAAAAAAAUAUAACGAGAAUGAUGUCAAAAUUGACGAUAUGGUUUUUGUGUAUAAUGAUACACAAAGUAGUAAUGAGACUGAAUUUGAAUUACCAUCCUUUGUUUGGCGAGGUUUAGUAAAGAGUAAGAGAAAGGAUGGAACAUAUUGUAUUUUUUUAGUGGAUCAUGGCACGUGCAUUGAAUUAACCAAAGAUAAAUUUUGUAUAGUUCCACAAGAUUUUAUUUCUGACAAAUAUCUAACGAAAACUGUUGGUAUAUAUGGUAUGUUGCCGAUUUGUAUCAGAAGAAAAGGCGCAAUUUCGAAAGGUUCUAACGCUAUGGCAAUUAUUUUAGAAAAAUGGACCGAAGAGGCAAUUCAGUUUACAAAACAUCUCCUCAGUGCAUCUGAAAGUGUUCACUUUGAUCAUUUAAUCACAGACAAAAAUGGAAGAGAAUAUGGUGAAAUUUAUCUUACCAUUAAUAACAUUGUCAUUUCAUUAAGUGAAACUUUAUUCAAUAAUUAUCAUGCCGUGUAUAUAGAAGGAGAAUUAUUAAAAUAUAUUGAAACCUCUACUCAAUUUGACGAAAAACGAGAGAACGUUUUACAUGUACGUUGUUCAAGGAAUAAAAGACAUGAAAGCAACAUGCUACAUAUUAAUGGAAUUGAUCAUCAUGAAACAAAAUUUUCUCUCAGUGAAAAGAUUGUAGUACAAAGCACAAUAGACUGUGGUGUUUUAAAUGAUCUUAGAGACCUUAGAUAUCCGAGAGGAAUACAUCAGAGUUGGAAUGAAUGCAUUAACUCCAUGAGGCCUAGAAAACUUCAGUCUUAUAUAUGGCCAGCUAUAAAUAAAGGGUUAAAUGUUGUUGCCAUCGGAUCAUCACAAUGUGGUAAAACAACUGGAUGUGUAAUGGCUGUUUGUGGACAAAUAGCUACACAUCAAAAUGAAAUACAUAGUGCAACUCAUCCAUUGGCACUGAUUUUAUGUGCUUCAUCUACUGAAGUAAUUUAUAUUCAAUCAUUGUGUGAGUCAUUCCUUCGAAAAUUUAAUAAUUUAAAAUCUGUUGGAGCAUUUAAUGGCAAGUCGGAUAGAUCUAUAGCGGCAAUGAUAUAUAAUGGCUGUCAAAUCUUGGUGACCACACCGCGAUAUCUAGUUCGAUUUUUGAAUAAAAAUAAAGGUCUAUUAUCAUUCGACAAACUUUCUUGUUUACUACUUGACAAUGCUGAUAUAAUUUUAGAUAAAUAUUUCAAGUCGCUAGGGGAAUUGUUUAAAAUACAUAAGAUAAUCGAAAACCGUGACCCGCAAAGCAACGACAGGCCGAUAUUGCAGAUAAUUAUGUCGGCAACAGAAUGUACGAUUGAGAUGAAAAAAUUUGUAUCUGUAGUGAUGCAUAAUCCAUACAUAUGCAUUGGGUCAUUUGUAGAAGCUAUUGUUUUUAAAUCUAUACGUCCAAAACUUAGUCGUUUAAUAUCUACAGACAAGAAUAAAAAAAUAUUAGAGUUACUAGAGGAUAUUUAUAUCACAUCGAGAACAGCAAUAGUUUGUAUAAAUGCCGAAGAAGCCGAAGAGUUAAAUUCGUUUUUACUUUCAACAAAGAAAACUCUGCUAAUUCAUGAAAAGAUGAAAUCAUUUGAUAUACGAGGCAAACGAGAAAGUUGGAUGGCAUGUGUACGAGGUUUUUAUCCAAUAUUAAUAUGUACUGAUUUAAUUUUAGCUGAUCUUAAUCUUACUAAUAUUCAAUGGCUCAUACAUCACUCUGUGUGUUUAAAAUUCAAAAACCAAUUCAAUUAUAGAUUUUCUCUACUCUUAGAUAAUUUAAUGCAGGAUGUUACUAACUGUAAAGUUCAUAUAAUUGUUGAUGAAAAUAACAAUGUGCAAUUUCCAUACAUAGUAAAACUAUUGCAGCGAACAGGAGUUGUAGUAAAUCCUGAUAAGCUAAACUACACUGAGGAAAUAAAAAUUAUGGUGGAAAGAAAUAAAAAAGAAUUUGCUUUAUGUGAUAAUAUAAAAUCGUUCGGCUUUUGCAAAGAACAAAAUAGCUGUGAAUUUAGACAUUGUGUGCUUCCUGAGAUCGAUGUGACAAAGAUAGAUAAAAAUAUACAGAUAAAUGAUAAGGUGAAAUUGAUGGUGAUGUACAUUCAUGAUACAACGCAUUUUUCUGCAAGGAUCAUCGAACAUAUUCCAAAUUCCAAUGAAAAAAAAAUAACAUACUCCAACAUCGAGUAUGUGCAAACUACAGCUAAAAUACAAAAUUACUAUAGCAAUAUUGAAAAUAGGAAAGUAUGUAAGUCGACAAAUAUAGGUGACAUCUGCGUUUUCGAAGAAACUAUCGAUAUAUUUAAACGAGUACAGAUAAGACGCAUCAGACAUGACAGAAAUCAUUCUGGAAAUAUGAAAUUUGUAGAUGUGAGAUGCAUCGAUACUGGCAUUAUACAUGAAUGCAUUGAUGCAUAUAAACUAAUGCAUAUCCCAGAGGAAUUAUUGAAUCUUCCAACGCACGCUGUCGAAAUAUUUUUAGCUGAUUUAAUGCCAUAUGACGAAGAAUAUACAUGGAAUCGUUACACUAAUGAGGAGGUUCACAAAUGGUUUUCAGAAAAUUUCGACAAAAGAUCUUACAUUUUCGGAAGAGUUCGCCUUCAUCUCAGAGAUACAAUAUGGUUAGACGAUUUGGAAAUUGGAACAAAGUUAAUUGGUCAUCCUGAUUUAAUAGGCUCUUCUUUAAAAAAGAAAUUACUCGCUGGAGAUUUUGCAGUUAUGAACGAUAAUCACAUAUCGAAUCUAUUCAAACUUUGCAAAAACAGUGGAUUGAUUGAAGUUAAUGGCCAUAAUAUAAAUUCUGUAUAGAAAUGAAAUAACAUAUAUAUAUAUA